AUGUCAGAUACUAGUAACACCACUCUUCUACAGCAAAGACAGGAAUCAAUCAUAGACACACUGUCAGAGUUAACAAAGAAAGCAGAUAUUCUUUUAAAUAGCAAUAAUAAUAAUAGCACUACACAAAACAACAUCAUGGACGUACAAAUUGAAGAACCAAACACCACCACUACUACUAUUGUUGAUGAAAAUGACACUCAAGUCUCAGAACAAAAAUCAGUAGAACAACAAGAACAACCAAAGGUUGAAGAAGAACAAGCAGUAGAAGAACAAGAAGUUGUCGCAGCCACUACUGAAGAAGAGAAACAAGAAGAAGUUGUCGAACAACAAGAGGAAGAACCAAAGGUUGAACAAGAACCAGAAGAAGUAGAGGAAACCAAGCAAGAAGAAGAAGUUGCUGCUGUAGAACAACAACAAGAAGAAGAACCAGCAGCAGUAGAGGAGGAAGUAGCUGUUGUUGAACAAGAAGAACAACCAAAGGUUGAAGAACCAGCAACAACAGUAGAGGAAGUCGCUGUCGUCGAAGAACCAAAGGUUGAAGAAGAACCAGCAGCAGUCGAGGAAGUAGCUGUUGUUGAACAAGAAGAACAACCAAAGGUUGAAGAACCAAAGGUUGAAGAAGAACCAGCAGUCGAACAAGUAGAACAAGUAGUUGUUGUAGAACAACCAACAGUUGAAGAAGAAGAAGUGGCUGUCGUUGAACAACCCAAGGUUGAAGAACCAGCAGCAGCAGUAGAGGAGGAGGUAGCUGUUGUUGAACAACCAACCGUCGAAGAAGAAGAGGAAGAAGAAGUAGUAGCUGUUGUUGAACAACCAACAGUUGUUGAAGAAACCAAGACAGAAGAACCAACCGCUACUACUCCAGUCGUAGAAGAAAAGAAACAACAAGAACAAGAGACACCACAAAUGAACGGAAAGAAGGAAGAGACGAAAAAGGAAGAAGUUGCUACACCAGAACCAGCAGAUGAAAACCUACUCUCUGAAGAUGACAUGGCUACAUAUUACAAGAAUGAAGGAAAUGAGUACUUUAAGCACAGUUUCUAUGCUGAAGCCAUCGAAAGUUACACCAAAUCAAUCAACUGCAAGCCAUCACACGCCAUCUACUCGAAUCGUUCCAUCUCUUACUUUAAGUUAAAGAUGUUUGAACGUUCACUCAGCGACGCUAUUCUCUCGAUCGAGAUGAAGCCAGACUGGGUCAAGGGACACAUUCGUCGUGGUUUGGCACUCGUCGAACUCAACCGUUUCCAAGAGGCCAUCGAUGCCUACCACAAGGGCCUCGAAUAUGACAAGAACAAUAUCGAUAUUCUCAAGAAUCUCGAAGAUGCCAACUCUAGACUCAACAAGGCCAACAAUCCAAAUGCCGAACCAGAAACCAAAAACAACAACAACAAGGACAAACAAUCACCAAAGAAGAAAGAAUUGGCCAACAACAACAACUCACUCAACAAGUAUAUCGCUUUUGGUAGUAUUGCAAUUGCUGUUUGUUCUGCCUAUUUCUUUAGAACUUCAAAAUUCAUUACUCCAAUUGUUAAAUCUUUAACUUCAUUAUUUGGAAAUAAAUAA